AUGCCUCAGACCUCGCGUCCAGGCGAGCAGCCACCGGCGGUUUCGGGGCCUGUCGAGGAGCAGCGGCUGCGGGCAGGAUGGACGUCUCUCUUCCGCUUCACGUCUAAGAGGCAUAUUGCUCCUUUGGCUCUUGCUCUGGCCUUUAGCAUAGCCCGUGGGCUUGCUGUCCCUUUACUUGCCUGGAUACUGGGCAAGCUGUUUAAUGUCUUUUCAAGUUUCGGUUCUCACUCGAUCUCUGCUGGCCAGCUGCUAUCGACUACCUCCCUCGAAUGUACAUACAUUCUGGCCCUCGGGUCCGGUGUCUGGUUUUUGGACUGGGCAUAUUUCUCCUUGUGGGUUAUCUUUGGCGAGCUACAGGCUAAAAAUGCGAGAAGAUGGGCAUUUGAAGAGUUACUACACAAGGAGAUGAGAUGGUUUGAUGGAGUCACCGACGGGCUCCCUGCCAUUUUACCCCGGAUUCAAGCCUACAUCCGAGAUCUCCAGCUAGCCACGUCACAGCCUCUAGGAGCCACCCUAUACAACCUUACUGCUGCUAUUGCCGCUCUGGUCCUGGCUCUGUACAUGUCGUGGAGUCUGACACUUGUAUGUCUUGCUAGUGUACCACUUUGUGCCAUCAUCAUUGCCUUCUUCUCCUCAAAGGUCCAACCAAAGAUUGAAGGGCAACAGGUAGCACUCACCAAGGCGUCGAAAAUUGCAACGACAGCCAUUUCUUCCGUUGAUGUGGUAAAACACUUCAACAGUCAAGAUACAGAAGCUGAAAAAUACAAAACUGCAAUUGGCAUCGCUGCUCAUUGGUACUACAAAGAGGCUCUCUACAGUGCUUCUCAGAUUGGCCUAAUUUCUUUCCUAACAUUCGGAAUGUUCGUGCAGGGAUUCUGGUACGGCAGUUAUCUUGUGGCAAAGGGUAGUCUGAAUGCUGGUCAAGUGUUGACAACUUUCUGGGCCUGUUUGCAAGCAACACAGUCAAUAGAGGAGAUUAUUCCUCGACUUAUUAUCCUCGAAAAGGGACGGACGGCCUCGGCUGCUAUCAAGCAUAUAUUCAAUGAUACUUGCCACACAUGCACAUUGCGGGAGCUUGGAGGCUCAACUCUUUCCCCUGUGUUUUGUGAAGGCGAUAUUCGAUUUUCAGAGGUCACAUUUGCAUACCCAUCUCAACCUGGGAGAAGAGUCCUAGACAAUUGCUCUUUCUUCUUCCCAGCGGGUGAUACAACUUUCGUUGUUGGCAAAAGUGGUUCAGGGAAAAGCACCAUCGGAAAUUUGCUUAUGAGAUUUUAUGCACCAACAUUUGGUGAAAUCCAUAUUGAUGACAGGUUGAUCCAGACUCUAGAUAUCAGCUGGAUUCGCAAUAACAUUACUCUUGUUCAGCAGGAAAGCAUUCUUUUCAAUGAGACAAUUCUGAAAAAUAUCACUUUUGGCUCACGGAAUACUGAAGAAACCACUGCUCAGGAUAUAUAUGCGGCCACAAAACUUGCAGGUCUGCAGGAUACCAUCCUUAGCUUUCCAUUAGGACUCGACACUGUUGUUGGCUUGGGUGGUAGGUCCCUGAGUGGAGGGCAGCGACAGAGGAUGGCAUUAGCCAGAGCCAGGUUGCGGGAUACCCCUAUAUUGAUACUCGAUGAGUCUACCAGUGCCCUAGACUAUUCAAGUAGGAUCUCCCUAAUGAACGCAAUCCGCGCGUGGCGACAAGGAAAGACCACCAUCAUUAUUACACACGACCUUUCACAAAUUCGGCCUCAGGAUUUUGUUUAUGUCAUCGACAAAGGGAAAAUAGCUCAUCAGGGAUACAGACAUAUCCUUGAGAAGAAGGCAGCUGGUGUGUUCGAUCUUAAUAAUCUUGCGACUCUGCCAACAGACACCACGCCAACUACCUCUAAUUGGAGCGUGAAAUCUCCAGGUCCCAUGUCAGAUAAUAGGAGAAGAUCAAGCUUCAGCAGUAUAGAGCGGUCAAUGACUGAACGACGUUCAUUAACCACUCCUAUUUCUCCGUUCUUUCAUAACAGCUUUUCUCUCGAGCGGACAUUUUCUGAGGCAGAACAGAGCAGUCAGUCAAGGAGAAGUAGUAUGGUUGAGCGUCUUAUUGACCAUACGAGCCCCAGGUUCAGAAAGUCCCCGUUAGAUGCACUGGAUGACAAAAGAGUCGAAAAAGACUUAGAACAACCCCAGCCAGCGACCCGUGACAACCAAACGCCUUCGCCCUUGAAACCAAAUAACGAGCCAUUGCAAAAAAGCUACUCAAUGUCACAGAUUCUCUUGACCGUGAUACCAUCGUUGUCACCUUCAAACCGAAUGUCAUUACUUUUCGGUUUUGUCGCUGCCUUUUUCUAUGCAGCUGCAACGCCAUGUUUUUCUUACGUAUUCUCACAGCUACUAACCACUUUCUUUGUUGUCGAAAACAGAUCUCGACUGGCAAUGCAAUGGGCUCUUACGGUAUUGGGUGUAGCUGUUGUUAAUGGGAUAGCAUCAUUCUUCAUGCACUAUCUUCUGGAACGAUGUGGCCAAGCCUGGGUCGACCAAUUCCGUUACAAAGCCAUUCGCCGAAUCUUACAACAGUGCAAGUCUUGGUUUGAGAGGGACGAGAACAGCCUAUCCAACUUGACUCACUGUUUAGAUCGGAACCCGGAAGAAAUGAGAAACCUCAUCGGACGGUUUGCCUGCUUCAUGUUUGUUGCUGUCGUUAUGACACUGAUCGGAUUUAUCUGGGGAGUUGCAGUGUGCUGGAAAUUAGCACUAGUUGGUGCUGCUACGGCACCCCCUUUAUAUGGCUUGACGAGGUUAUACGAAAAGAUCAGCGGCUUUUGGGAGAACAAGUCGAAUGAAGCGAGCGAGAUAAUGGCAGGCGUGUUCACGGAGACGUUUCUCGAUAUUCGCACAGUUCGAUCACUGACCUUGGAGUCAUACUUCCAUACUAAACACAACAAAUCCAAUGGGAAGGCCUUGACAGUUGGUAUCAAACGAGGGUGCUAUUCUGGUUUGCUUUUUGGAUUCUCAGAGUGUUCAAUUCUUUUUGUUUAUGCUCUUAUAUUUUAUUAUGGGGCUAUCCUCGUAUCCAGUUCUCAGUAUUCAGCCAAGGAUGUUUUGAUGGUCUUCUCAAUGCUACUUUUUAGCAUGGCAAACGUGAGAGGAGUGCUAUCCCUGGUAAACAUGCCAGAAGAUCAAUCGCAUGAAGGCCAAGGAAACCUCCGCAUCCACGACUUAACGCCUCUCAAUUUUAAAGACGUGGAUUUCAGUUAUCCAAACCGACCUGGAAAGAAGGUCCUGAAUAACUUCAACCUUAAAAUUCCCAAGGGCUCGUGUACUGCAAUUGUUGGGCCUUCUGGCUCUGGGAAAUCAACCAUUGCAUCUUUAUUACUUGCUCUUUAUCCAUCUCCACCGUCGGCAGGUAACAUUGGUACGAUUACACUCGGUGGUGUGAACAUUCGCAACAUUCAUGUUCCGACUCUCCGGUCGUUGAUAUCAGUCGUCCCCCAGGACCCAACACUAUUCCCAGCAUCUAUCAAAGAAAAUAUUGUCUAUGGUCUACCUGAAAACUCUUCACUCAAUACCUCUACCAAUAUCCAAGCUGCUGCCACAGCAGCUGGAAUCCACGAUUUCAUCUCCUCCUUGCCAUCAGGAUACGAUACUCUUGUUGGAGAUGGUGGAGUUGGUGUCUCUGGCGGCCAGGCGCAGAGAAUAGUGAUUGCCAGGGCACUUGUUCGUAGACCACAGCUCCUAAUACUCGACGAAGCAACGUCUAGUCUUGAUGUUGAGAGUGCAACAGUGAUAAAACAAACGGUAACGAGGCUGAUGGCCUCUGGACGGAGUUUGACAGUGAUAAUAAUUACACACGCAAAGGAUAUGAUGGAGUUGGCUGAUAAUGUAGUUGUUGUGGAUGGCGGGGUUGUAGUUGAAGAAGGGUCAUUCCCUGACCUGAGUAGUCGAAGUGGUGGAAGACUGAGGCGUUUGCUAAGAAUGCAGCUGUAA